AUUUAUCCUCCUAUACGUAUUAAUUUAAACGAAUAUAUUUUUUAUAUGAUUUAUUUUUUUUUCAAAGGUAUUUCACCCAAAAUACGUUAAGGAGACAUAUUAUAUGGAGUUCAAUAUGUACUUGUGUGCGUUCGUUUGUGUUUGUAUAUAUAAUCACAAUGCAUUUCUAUUUCAUGGCUAAGCUCUUUUGAAACUGUCGAAUGAAACACACAGACAAGUUAAAUCGAUAAUACUUUUUCUAAGGAAAUGGAUUAUCAGCAUUACGUUAAAUGCAUCAAACAGCUGCAGACGAGCGAAAGGGCAUACGAUAGCAGAAGGAUUUCUAUGGAGUUGAUGGAAGAAGAGGAAUACGAAGAGGAGGAGGAAGAAGAAGAUAAAGAAGAAGAGAAGGAGAUGGUAUCGAAUCUUCACGCGAAUCCAAAGAUUAAAACGGAGACGAGACUUGGUCUGUGCUCCGUUUGUCAUCUUAGCAUUGCCGAUAGAACUUUAAAUGAGACGAACGCUGCUUUUGAACGAGCUUCUUUUUCUUCCCAAGGACAUCUCUUGUGUCGUCGUUGCAUAGAACACUUUUCCUUUCAAUCAGGAGGGAACAAAGCGAUGACUUGUAAAGUUGAAGUACCCGAAUCGAUGAUCACCUCUUAUUCUAAUGAUUCUAAUGUGGAACAAAGCGAUGGCAGAUAUCAGCAACACAGUUAUUAUAAUAUAAUACGGAAGAGCGAACAAGAUCGAUGCAAUAACGAAUUUAAAUUUAAUGGACAGACUACGUGGGAAUACUCUCGUAGACCGAUACGCUGUCCUUGCAUCGAUUGCGACGUUAACAUUGCAUUUUCGGCACUUACGCAUCAUUUCCUUUUUGAUCAUCCGGAAGUACCUAUUCUGAGCGUUGAAUCUGGUGUGAAAAGCACAUUGAUCAUUAGUUUCGAAGCACUCUCUUAUGAUACCAGUCGAUGUUUAGCACUUCUAUUGGUAUCUGAUAAAUUAUCAGAUUCUGCUUCAAGAGUAUUCAAUAGUAAUCAGAUCAAUCCUAAAUACCGGAAUCGUCUACCUCUUCCGCUAUUAGCUGCUCGCUUAAACUCCAUAAAUCAUUAUUCACCUUCUGACGAGGUUUAUACUCGUGGAGAAGGUCAAUAUGAGAAGAAUAUAAUAAUCGUCUGGGUCGCGGGAUUGGAUAUCGGAAAUGCCACAAAUAUUCUCCGAUGUAGUAUUCAAGCCAUGGAUAAUAUCGAUACUGAAAGUGUCCGAUCAUUAACGUACACGGGUCCAAUAAAUUCACUAAGGACAGCUCAACGACCGCGAGAAGUUUUUUUAAAUGGUGAUUGUAUCGUUCUUCACGAAGGCUUGAUCAGUCAUAUUACUUCCGGAUGUACCAAUCUCAACGUGAACGUUAUCAUUCAUUAGUCACGUUUUCAUAAUUGGAAAAUAUCUACCACA